AACUACACGCCGGUCGCAUGGGUGAACCCAGCAUGUGGCGUCGUAUCUCAGUUAGUACUAUAAACCUGAUUAUGACGCUUGGAAUACGCCUGAAUCGGCCCCGCUUUCUGUGCAUAACGCCUUUCCUCGCUGCCUCAAGAUCCCCCGUGCAGAAUGUCCACGUCACCGGCUUCUGCAUCACCCGCGGGCUUCUCGAGUACUUUUCCCAGCAUAUCGACAUUGAUAUCCGGCACGAGAAACGUCGUCCGACCUGCAAACUCUACGGAUACUUCACCCGCGCGACGAUCUCGGCGCACACUUACGCAAUCAACGCGACGGAAGUCUGAUGCGCGACGACGGAGGCCGCGCCACGCUCGAGGCCGCCUCGUCAACUUGCCUUGGCGAGUUGAGCCGCAUACAUACAUAGCGCGGGCCUACCCCACCCAACGGCACGACAUGUCGACAGUGACUCGAACACGUGUCACUACGUUCGCCGCGGGAUUUUGGCGGGACCGAGUGAGUAGCCCACGCGCGGACAAGGCGCGCUACUUUGGGAGCGGCUCAAAGCCUGCCGAAUGGAGAUAGAGCAAUGAUCUCGCAGAGGUCGACUUUUCCUCCCUGCCCCCUUCCUCCUCGCGCGGUCUCGGCCCUGUGACGCGUCACGCCCAUCCUCGUGUACCCUCUGCGCAUGCUCUGGCGAGCUCUGCUGAACACCGGACGCGUUGUCGACGAUGC